AUGUAUACCAACGUUCUUCCAACGCACUACAUGCCUAAUACUUUGUUCGCCGCUUUUGCCGGGCCCUUGUUGUAGCAGGCGCGAACUGCGCAUCCCUCCUCAUAGUGUCCUCGCGUUAGAACCUUCUCGCUGCCACAUUAUCUCUUGUGCUAUGGCUCUGCGGCCGCCCGCCUCAAAGCUUGAGCGCGAAAAGCGAGUGCAGGAUGUCAUCACUUUUGCCUCCAGCCUCACCUCUCGUUUCGACAAACCUCGGGAGCCAGCACUUUUCACAGACCUGCAGGCGCAAAUACGUCACCUGCCACUGCAGGCCUCGCCAGCUGUGACAACAAGUCGCAUCGAGCUCGACAAGCUGGGAACCGAGCUAUGGAAUCUGUCGACUCGACUACGGCGGCGCGACGCUGCCCAUAGUGGUGGCGAUAACAAGUCCAAGGGAAACGGGGUCGAAAGCACCGGGACUGUGUGUCUCCUGCGCGCAUUCGCUUUUCUGCUGCUGGACUCGGCUGGAACUCAAACAGUGAAAGUCCGAGAGCGCAAGCCUUGCAUCCGCCUCAUGAGGGUCGCGCUGAAAGCGGCUAAAGCUUGCAUAAUAGGGAACGAUAUGGACAGUGCUACAAAAGUGCUUGAGAGAGCGGCAAUAUACGAAGACGUUCUGACCGGUGACGAUCGACACAGCGACAACGAUGAUGCUACUAUUGCCAAGUGUCUGCGGCUUGAGUACUUUGCUGUCCGGGUUGUCUUGGCCUUCCGUCAGGAUCGUCUUGAUAUGGCAGAGCACAUGUUCGCGAAGUACGGGCAAGUCGACAUGACGCCCACUCCAAACACAGCCGAAGACAUUGCCGACUUGUUCUACGAGAUCGGGAAACAGGCCCUGUCGAAGCGGAACUACGAGGCUGCGGUGAAAUGGUUAGAGCGCUCUCACAACGUGAUAGAAGUUCAAGAUUUCGGUUUGCUCAGCUCUGAGGCUGGUGAACUCAAGCUUUGUAUAAUGCAAGGCCUUGUGCAAUCGUAUAUAGCUCUGAAGACGAUCGAGGCGACGGACAGAGCGUGGCAUCUGAUCAAGCUCAUGGAAACCUAUUACAGCGAUAAGAUGUUAGUGUCUUUGCUCAAGAUUGAGUUACUUUCUGUAGCCGAGCACAUUGACGAGGCUGAGUACUACGAUGUGCUCGCUAGAAUGAUCCGAAUCAUCGUGCUCAACGACACAAACUUCAAGACGCUCUUACAUCACAUACACAAGCUGAAGGAUCUUAGCAAUGUCUAUGCAUGCAAAGCGCUCGAUGACUUGUUGAAGAAUCGAUUGGUAAGAGAAGACAACGGUCUGUGGAUUGAGAAGGCCGUCGUCACUCGUAUAUGGCUUAGCACAAGCGACGUGCAUGUGGAAAAUCCGCUUGAACAGCUGCAGAAACUGCUUGACUCUGUGUUACAGGAUUCGAGUUUUGUGCUUUCGGCCCCAGCGACUCAUGCCGCACAGACACUUAUCUGGAAGAAGGUCGAGGAAAAGUCAGCGCAAGAGGAUCAAGAUGCGGCGGAAUCUUGGUGCCAACUGUGUCUCCAUCCCUUGUUCGACAAAGCUGGUGCUCAAAACAAAGUGAAAAUCACAAGGAAGCUCAUCCAAACUGCGCUCCUGCGGCAAGACUACGCCACUGCACGAGACGUGUACCGUAGAGCACCUGAAGUCAGCCGAGAUGAACCAAUCACACGUUAUCUGAUGUAUAGAGUAGGCCUCAAAAGUGGAGAUGUAGUGUUUGCGGCCGAAUGUCUCGACGUUGUGUGUCAAAGCUCUUCAAAAGACGCAACGCUGCUUUACGCUUGUGUCAUGGAAGCUCAGAGGGUGGGUGACAAGCGACAGGCAAUCCAUGCUCUCCAACGGGUCCUGGAAAAGUACGACUACACUGCGCCUGUUGGCAUCCACUUGCCUGCACUCUUACGUGUAACGCUGAGGCUUCUUCAAUCAGAAAUCAUGAGAGAUGGUGCGGUCGACUGCGAGAUCCUCGGUCAAAUGUGUAAAGUGUUCGAAGGUGCUUGCAGUCAAGCCAAAGAUUCUCAAGGCAGGCCUGUUACCCCCGAGCAGCAGCUGUUCACGAUUCAUGAGCUAGAGUGGUUCUCAAAAAACUCGUACAACUUCUCGUUGAAGUACUGUGCUGAGAUUGCGCCACAUAAUCUGGCUAGGCUGCUGAUUGUUUGCGCUGAAUUUAUUACAUUGCUAAAGAAGCAAGGGCAAGAGCAAGCAGCAGGAGCUGCCGACCUUAACUUGCGGCUUGCGUUUUGUGAAUACCUCGCUGCCUGCACAUACACAACACUGGCUCGAGCAGAGGAUAACCAAGAAGCUUAUCUUCAACAUUAUCUGGAAGUAUGCAAACAUUGUCAGGCGUUUCGCCGCACUAUACUAGAGGGGGCAAAUGAACUGAGCGGAGCCGCGCAAGAUGACAUCCUGUCGAAGAAGUUUCAGGUGGUGAAGCUUGAGAUCGAAGCAUGUGUGAAAUUACAGAGAUGGGAUGAUCUGGAGGAGCUCUUCGAACAGUGCUGGAGCUGCAAAAGCUCAGACCGCUACGAAACGCUUGCAGAUCUGGUAUUGGUCAUCCAUUCGAGUCUUGUAAAAGCAAAUGUCCACGCCUCAUCUCAAAGCAAAGUUUUGUCGACGUUACAAAAGAUCAUCAAUCUGACCUCACGACAGAAUGGCAAUGAUGUCACGAGACUGUCCCGCUGGCUUCGAUGUCUCUUCAAUCUUACGCUCUCACUUGAUGAGAACAUCAGUCUCAAAUGCCUUGAUCAAGCCAUACAGAUUGCAGCAAAGAAACAAGGUCAUGCAUGCCAUCCUAGCAUCCCUCUAUCGUUCAUAGCAACCCCUCCACCAUCGAGCCCAGAGAUGCUUGCAGAUAAUGCAGAAUUAGCUGACGAAGAGCUCAAGCAAUCCGACUGUUACCCUGCUGCGGAGCUUGAAUGGAUGGCUACGUCGGCCUUCAACCGUGCCAUCGAUUACUACGUAGGAGAUAACGAUGCGAAAUGCAAGACAUGGGCGGAAAAGGCAAUGACAGCUGCGCAAUGGCUCGAAGACGAUGGGCAGCUCAGAGAUCUGCUGAUGGGUAAAUUUUCGGCCUUGCAGUUCAGUAAGUGAUCCUCCAGUGGCGCGCGUAUCAGGAUGCUAUAGACUUAAG